AUUUUGGCAUUUGUUAUUUGUUUACAAGCACAGACGAUCUAGGGACUGUUGACGGUUGGUAGGGUAGGCCUAAUCACUCUUUUGUGAAUGAAACUAAGAUGCCCGGAGAACUAGGGGCGCGGCCAGUUUCCAUAUAUUGGCGGUUUUACGUGUACGCCAUCCAUGGUUAUGUUACAGAGAUUAUGUUUACCGCCCUUUGGGAAUUUGUGGUUAACCUGAACUGGAAGUUUCCAGGAAACACUAGCGUCUGGGUGCUCUUGAUUUACGGGCUAUCUGGCCUGGUGGUGGAACGAAUGUAUUUCCAAUUAAGAGGACGAGUCCCACUGCUUGUCCGCAUUCUUCUGUACACAAUAUGGACGUACCUCUGGGAGUUUUCCACGGGAUUUAUUCUUAAACAAUUUGGUGCUUGCCCUUGGGACUACACUCCGUUUCAUGGGGAUUUUAUGGGCAUUAUUACAUUAGAAUAUGCUCCAUUGUGGUUUUUGGGAAACGUUAUAGCCGAGUUGUUUGUGAUGAAAUAUACAUUGUGUCUCUACUGGGGUCCAGAGGUAACCUUUCCUCCACUGGUCAAUACUCAUUCUACUGUACGAAAGACCGAAUGACAGAUGUGUGAAGUGUAUUUACAUUAUAAUACUCCUGUUUGUAUUUGUUCAAACAAUAAAAGAAAGAAAAAUCAA